AUGGCGAGCUUUAUUGAAGAAAUGAUUGAAAACACCUGGUCUCGUGGAUCUAAGAGGGAAGGCACGAAAAAAGAGGACCGCAAAUGGGGCUUUACAAUCUAUCGGACCUACUACAGCGAGGAGUCCGAUGAGGCCUGGCAAAUGCUGUUGUACUCCCUCAGACACCAGACUAAAUUGGCCUUCGGCGCUUUCGCAAAGGGAGCGGACGUUGAACAUGACGUAGACCCAGAUGACGUCCAACGACUGAAGGAUCUAUUCUAUCUCGAAACCCGCGACGAUCGUUCCCAAUUAGAAGGACUUGAUGUUCGAGAUCUCCGGGAGUUCUGCAGAGAUGAACUGUCCAAGGACAAAGAAAUCAUCGAGAAACUAGAUAAAAGAUCCUCUAAGUUUACAAGACCUAGAGAGACUCAAGGAAUGGCAGAUUGGGUGUUUGAAUAUGUUCUUCUUGCCGACGAAGCAGUCCUGAAGGAUGUUGCAAGAGAUGAACCUGUCGUUAAAGCCGUCUCAAUACAGUGGAUGGACGGAGAUCCCAACUCGACGUGGGGCUGGAUGAGGAUUCCCACGGGCUAUCUGCUAGAGUUAUGGCAUCACCUGUUGUUCAAUGAUCGCCAAACUAGCCGGGCGUUGCACUUCGAUGGAGCGGAGGAAGAGCUUAAGACUCUCAUCUGGGCUGGAGACAUGGCCUGUAACAUGACUGGGCUUUACUCUGAGAUUCGCGAUGGGCCGCAUCCCUAUGAUAACCAAAGUUUGAGAUGUCUCUCGUGA